GCUUUAACAAGUACAUACCAACAGCCUACUAUAUACAUAUCGCUGUACAUAUAACCGACAUCCCAUUAGAAACACAUCAGUUCCAUAUUAGAAGCAUUCACUAUCCUCGGUUUGGAAACAUCUUCAAAAAUCAUACCUAAAACUCGUACAUUAUCAGUAGAGACCUUACCUUACCAAACGUCAUAAAAAGUUCUUCGAAAGAAUCAAAACGCCACUCCAUGUCAAAACUUCAAGACAUUUUCGUCAACGACAUCGCUUCCGAAGACAACGAUGACUUGUUGUCGGUAGCAGAUCUCUCACAUUUGGCUUCUGCCAACUUUCUGUCGGAAUCAUUGACUGAAAAUGGCAAUAUGACUCUGAUCAACCUGGCUUUUGCACCAGCUACGCCCACUUUUGCAGGUACAAACGGCUCAUUUAGCCCGACAUUAUCUGUAAACCAACAUUAUCGGAAAUAUUCAGGGAAUUCGCUUUCGAACUCGCCCAAACUUGUAGCUUCUAACGGACCUACUAUGCUGCGAUCCAGACCUAAGUCUGGACUCUUUCUUCUAGAUGCCAGCAACUUCGCCAUAGCCGAGGAUGACGACGUUUCGGUACAGAGUUCCAUAGAUAAUACGCCGAGAUCACGAAAUGCGGAUUUUUUGCAGCAAAAAUUAGGACAAAACGGAGCAGUUCUGGCGAGUCCUUAUAGGUCGUCUUCACCAGUGAGAAACGCUUCUCCGUCAAGAAUGCCUCGGUCCUACGGGUCCAAAUCCCCAGUCAGAAGAAGCUCGUCGCCUUCCAAGUCGUAUCAGCCAUUCAAUUUCCAACCCCAGGAGCUCAUGUUGCAUUCCAACAAUUCGGGUCUGUCGCUCCAGGUGAAGCCAGCGCACAGAAAGGGGCACAAGUACAAGCACUCGUCGAUAUCGAUGAACUUGUUCCAGGAACCACCUCCAGCACUCUCACUUUCAAACAAGGCACUCAAUGUUCCUGAUCUGUACCCCAUUCCAAACUUCAGAGAGCUGAUUCUGUCUGUAAAGCCAGCACAAAAAUUCCGACUCUCAUGGUCUGUUUUCCAUUUGGUUAUGGCACUUUUCAUCUUUGUAGUAGGCUUCAAGUUCAGCUUGCCAUCGUUUUCCACAUUGGCACAUCUUGUUUUCUACGACUCAUUGGGAUCGUUGGUCAUUGUAUUUGUGGAUAUAAUGUCCAAUUUCGAAGUGUGGAACAACUCUUCCAUAGCCUAUCCUUUUGGUUUGGGACGUUUGGAGGUGUUAGUCGGUUUUGCUUUGAGUGCAUCGCUUAUCAUGGUAGGUUUCGACUUGGUGAGCCACUUCAUCGAAGAGUUCAUCAUUCUCAUGUACAUCUCUGAGGGAGCGGAGCCUCAUGAAGGAGAACAACACCUGUCUCAUCACAUCCAUGGAGAGAAUGGAAGCAACGCCAACUGGUUUGUGUAUGAGCUAGUUCUUCUCUUCACUAUUGCAGUAACCUUGAUAAGUUCUAACAAGGUGUUGGCCCAUGACAAGAUAAACGAGAUUAUCUCCACCCAAGAACCGAAUAAAAGCAAGGGAGGAAUUUUGGAAGAAGGAUUUCUGUCCAGUAAAAGCUCGAAGUUCUUAACUGAAUUUCAAAAGUUCAUCAAUAUCUGCACAAGAAACCCUACUCAUUUACUUACGUUGAUAUAUUCUACCUUCUUGGUUGUAGUUCCAUUGAUACCUGAACUGAUUGUCAAUGAAUCGGCUUUUGAUCUCAAUGAUAUUGCUACGUUAGUGGUUUCUCUAUCCUUGGUCUAUACUGGCUGGAAAUUGGUCAAAACCUUGGGUGGCAUAUUACUCUGUUCGUAUCCUUACUCGGACUACGACUAUCAUGUUCUCAAAAGUAAUAUUAUGGAUAGCAUCAUGGCCGUUGAUGCCUUCAAGCGGUCACACACUAUUGACAAGUUCUACAUCACGAAAUUCAAGUACGAUUUCUACGUAGUUGGCUUGAAGGUUGUGAUGAAAGGUGCCGAUCCAGACGAAGAGUCCACUUUGAGAUACGAAGUCGACCGGAUCAUUCGCAACGAAAUCAAAAACUUGAAUGAAGGCAACACGCGAAUAGAGAUCACUAUAGAUAUUGACAGAUUCUAAAUAAAACAUAUAUAUCUAAUGUAACUCAGAAUUUC